GCGAACAGGUGGGAAAAAUGAAGCUCGGCGAACUUUUCAGCUGCUGUUUACCACUCCGGAGGAAGAAGCACAGGAAUGAAAGGGUGGACACCAGCAAGAAGAAGCUGAGAAAGGAAACUAAGCGCCUCAAGAAGAAAAUGGCGGACAGGAGGAGAAAAGAGGCCCUUGAGUUGGACAUCUCCAAAGUGCAGAGUGUGGAGACUAUAGAGUCUCUGGAUGAUGUGAAGGAUGGAUCUGCAGAGAGAAUCGAAGGUGAAAAUGCAAUGAUGGCUAUCCACCAUGUUGAGAUGGCUAACAGUAGCCCUGUGUCUCACCUAAGAGCUGAGAAAGAGAUCAUAAGUGUGCCUGAUCCAGAGUUCAGCAAAGAGGACUGCAACCCAAAAGAGUCAUCUGUUCACCAAGGGACACCUCAGCUGGACGAGAGGGAAGGUAGAACAUUGACGCUGCAUGAUGGAGAUGGAACAAGGCCUGUGCCUCGUGUUGAACUGGACUGGGGCACGGCUAAAACCCCUGGGGAGAGAGACGUGUUUGAAGAACAGCGGAGGAAAACCCUGCGCGGAUUUUUCGAGCGGAGGGGCCUCACUAGCCUGAAUGCAGCCACGCAGCCCAUACUGAGCACUGAGGAUGAGAAGCCCAGACUGAGCACUGAGGAUGAGAAGCCCAGACUGAGCACUAAGGAUGAGAAGCCCAUUCCACACCUUCAACGCCUUAAGACAAAAGAAAUGAUGGAAGAAAAGAGGAGGGCAUUUUUCAUUGAUUCUUAAAGAGGAGGGGCCUCACUACAACCACCCAGGCCACAGAAAAAGUUUAAUAAAUCAUUAAACGGAUAGAUAGCCAACAUAACAUUGUAUUAACAUUUGUAUUGUCAAUAAAUGUAUUGUAUUUCAUUUAAAUUA